AACACGCGAAUUGGUCGUAAAUGGCAGCGUUCAUAGUUUGUCCAAUGUCUCCUUUGUCAAACCAAACUUGGCGCUGGUAUUGCUGGUAUCACAAUCACUCCUCAGCCAGCCUUUGCUAACGAAAGCGUUUUUCUCCAAACGCCGAUGAACACAUAACCGGGAUCCCUCGCGGUGCUGCGGCUAAGAGAGGACCACGAAGUUCUCUGCCGAGUGGUCCUCGGUGAAGUCUUCUCAGCCUCGGCCGGCGCUUAGCUGUGGCUUAGCUUUCUUUGCACUCCAAAGCGCGCAGCGUACGGCCUAAUCAUGUCGGAUGCAUGGAAGGAUAUGCAAGAGUUCAAAUCGCGGCAGACUAGCCUGCGUGAGCGUCUUCAGCGUCGCAAAAAAGAGCGCCAAGAGAUAGUCCAGGCCAUCUCAACGGAGCCUGUCGUGAGUGCCGGCGAGGACAGUAGCGGAGCGCUGAGCACCGCAAUAAACCAACCCGUGGGAUCUCCGCAACCAGGCCACCAGACGACCGCCGCCCAAGGCCCCAGCACCGACUCUCCGGCUCCUCCCGAUGUGGACGAAGUGGAACGCCGCUUGCUGCGCUGUCUUCUUGAUGUCGCACUGGACUUGCCGGCGGACACGCGCAGGCUGCAGAAUAUCGUGAGCAGAUCACUUGGCCGGGAUAUUGAUCACAGCGCCCUUGAGGACUUGCUGCACAAGCUGGCUGCACAAGAACUGAUCGCACUUGGGGAAGAUGUUACGGCUGAAGGGACCCCCUUCCUCCAAGUGACCUCGACCGAGCACACUCGCCUACAAGCCUUCGUUGAUGCCCAGGGGGACGGCGACGAGAUGCGCGAGAAGCGGGGACAGAAGCGUUCUGCACCCGACCCAAUCGAGUCGCUGCUCUCCCUUCCAUCUGCCCGAGAGAAAGAGACCAAGCAAGUGGGCGAGGAGAUUCUAGAGCUUCUGAGCAAACCAACUGCCAAAGAGCGUUCUCUUGUUGAACGUUUUCGCUCUCAAGGCGGUGCACAGGUGCAAGAGUUCUGCCCACAUGGCACCAAACAGGAGUGCAGCCGCAGCUCCAGCACUGGGACGGCUUGUAGCAAGCUGCACUUCAACAAGAUCAUCCAGAAGCACACAGAUGAGUCCCUGGGCGACUGCUCUUUCCUCAACACAUGCUUUCACAUGGACAGCUGUAAAUACGUGCACUAUGAGGUGGAUAGCAGUUCGGUGCCAGUGAGCAGACCUCCAGCGCCAGCACCAUCGGGCGACUCUUCCCCACCGGCGCUGCUGCGGGGCACGGGGCCAACUGUGCUGCACCCUCCUCAGUGGAUUCAGUGCGACUUACGCUACUUCGACAUGAGCAUUUUGGGAAAGUUCUCGGUGGUGAUGGCAGACCCACCCUGGGACAUCCACAUGGAACUCCCCUACGGCACCAUGUCCGACGAUGAGAUGCGGCAGCUCAAUGUUCCCAGCCUGACCGAUGAUGGCCUGAUCUUCCUGUGGGUUACCGGGAGAGCCAUGGAGCUAGGCCGAGAAUGCUUAAAACUCUGGGGUUAUGAACGCUGUGACGAGCUCAUCUGGGUCAAGACCAACCAGCUACAGCGCAUCAUCCGCACCGGCCGCACAGGCCACUGGCUCAAUCACGGCAAGGAGCACUGCCUUGUGGGAGUCAAGGGCAACCCAAAGGACAUUAACCGGGGCCUCGACUGUGACGUGAUAGUUGCCGAGGUUCGUGCGACGAGUCACAAGCCCGAUGAAAUAUACGGUAUUAUUGAGCGCCUGUCUCCAGGCACGCGCAAGAUUGAGCUCUUUGGACGACCACACAACGUCCAGCCCAACUGGAUCACUCUCGGCAAUCAAGUAGAGGGAGUCCGGCUAACAGAUCCUGUGCUCAUUAAUGAGUUCCGGAAGCUUUAUCCAGAUGGUGACUGCAUGAAAAAGCCACCAGAACCCGUCAGCAUGGGCGUGGAUAUGUGGCCCCCGGAUCCCCACAUGAGCCGGCCGAUGAUGAAUGCCAUGGUUGGGUACAGCGAUCCAAUGGGUAUGCCAGAACCCGGUCUUAUGUAUGAAGGAAUUCCCCCUGUACCAUAUCAUCACUAUCCUCCACCACCAAUUGUGACACCUAUACCACGCCAAUAAAAGCUCUCUCGAUAGCCAUA